GUGGCAAGAGGUGACGGAGUAACGGCGUUCUGGUGAUACUUGCAGGUUGCGGGGCCCAUCGCGUUGCCUGAACUGUGCGCCUCGAAUUUAGCACCAACUGCUCCUGAGUUGACGGCGCGCCUUGUUCGUCCCUGCGGCUUGCCUACCUGUGAUUGUCCGCCACCGCCAUCUGUGAUCGCUGGACACAAUCUUAUCGACGUUAUCGCCUGCAUCUUGUGGGCGUCAAAACAGCCCUACUUCGCUCACUUUGGCAGCGGCAGCGGUGGCAAGAGGUCACGGAGUAACGGCGUUCUGGUGAUACUUGCAGGUUGCGGGGCCCAUCGCGUUGCCUGAACUGUGCGCCUCGAAUUUAGCACCAACUGCUCCUGAGUUGACGGCGCGCCUUGUUCGUCCCUGCGGCUUGCCUACCUGUGAUUGUCCGCCACCGCCAUCUGUGAUCGCUGGACACAAUCUUCUGGACGUUAUCGCCUGCAUCUUGUGGGCGUCAAAACAGCCAUACUUCGCUCACUUUGGCAGCGGCAGCGGUGGCAAGAGGUCACAGAGUAACGGCGUUCUGGUGAUACUUGCAGGUUGGUUAUACGUUCCCACAUAUUUUGCUAAUACAUGCGUGUAUACCGCCACUGCUGCUGCUGCCACAAGUGUAAUUCGUAGUGUCUGUGCCUCCGCUGUUCUUAUUUACUGUCUGGUUGUGGUUGUAGGUGCUGUUGUCACUGUAAUAGUGCAAUUCAUUUCUUGUUUACUAGCUGUUGCUAUCCUUAAGAUGUCAAAAGAGAUCAGAGCACUGUUUGAAGAAUUAAAACGUGAUAUGCGGGCAGAGUUCAAAGACUUCAAAGAAAGUAUUGAGCGAGAUUUCUGCAAAGAACUAAGAGAUAUCAAAACUUUCUUGACUGAGACGAACAAAGAAUACGAGGAAAUUAAGGCGGAAAACAAAGAACUUAGAGAGUCGAAUGCUCAGUUACAGGUAUUGUGCUCUGGUCUCGCACAUCAGGUAAAAGACCAUGAAUGCAGAAUUAUUCAAGCGGAGCAGUAUUCUCGGAAGGCAAACAUUGAGAUUAAAGGUAUACCCUGCAGUGCUUCUGUGAACCUAACUGAACUGGUCACCAAGAUUGGUGAAUGUUUAAGCGUUCCGCUUAUCGCAGCCGAUAUUGAGCGUGUGCACUGGGUUCCAACUGCUAAGAACGAAACUAAGAAGAACGUGGUAGUACAAUUUGCAGAGAGGCAAAAGCGAGAUAGCUUUCUGAAGAACGCGCCCAGGAUAAGCCUGAAGUGUUCUGAUGUCGGCAUUGAUUCUCGAGCAGCAGUGUUCGUGAACGAGCAUCUGUGCCCUGAACUGAAGCGUCUACUCGGCCGAGCUACAGCGCGCAAACACGAAGUAGGCUGGAAGUAUGUCUGGGUGCGUGAUGGCAAGAUCUUUGCACGACAAGCUGAUGGCGCACCCAGGAUAAGGAUUCUCAGCGGCGAAGACGUAGCGAAAAUGGUUAGCUCGUCACGAAUGCUAUGCAAUGAAUCUAGUAUUCCGGAUAAGCUAAAUCCUUUGCGCAGUUUCAGAAAGAAACAACGAAGUAGACAUUUUUCUUACUGUAAACUUGAAGCAGGGAUCAUAUCCGAAAAAUUAUGUCGAGCAUUAAAUUUAGUCAUACUGCUGUCCACCUUUUUCUUGCUUAUUUAUUUUUGUAAUAUCAGCCGUAAUAGGCUAAAGAGUAAUUUUGAUCACUCGAUGCAAAAAACUUUUUUCGUGCAUUUCUUCAUUUUGUAUUAUAAAACGGCAGAGUUUAUGGCGUUAGUAUUCACUUUUGCUUCCGUGGCCCUAGUUUGCACUUGGUUACCUAAAAGUUGGUUGUGUGAGAAACUUGUUGCUGACUUCCACAAAAAGAAAGGGCACGUGAAGGGCGUAAAACAGUUUUACUCCAGCAACAAUAUAGAUGAAACAUUACCACGUGCAUCUCACAGUCUUUUUGUAAAUUUUAGUAAUGAGUACUGGUAAUAACAUUGCCUCAACCUAUCCACUUACGACUGCUGCAAAUUUCGAUUCUUCUGACCAAUCCCUGCUUCCUCAUGACAUACAACACAGUGUUGCUCAAAAGUGGUUUAAACACAACGUAAUAAAGUGCUUUCAUCUAAAUGUUCGCUCGAUAGGCAACAAAAGAAAUGACUUUCAGAUACUCCUUGAUAGCUUCGGAUUUACAUUUGAUGCUGUAAUGAUAUCGGAAACAUGGCUUGAUGGUGACGAUAGCUUUCAGGUACCCCAUUACAAAACAUUUGCUGUCAGCCGCGUUGGCCGUCGAGGUGGGGGCGUGUGUAUUCUAAUUAAUGAAAGAAUUGAGUCUGAAGCUAUACAAGAAUUCUGCCUCUGCUCUACUGAUGUGGAAGUUGUGUCAAUAAUUGCAGGGAACAAUACAAUACUAUCAACGUUUUAUAGACCGCCAAGUGGUGACAUAUGUGCCUUCCUUGAAUUUUUCAAAUCGUACCUCACAUUUCUUGUUAUGCAUAAGUAUGAUGCUAUAAUCAGUGGAGACUUUAAUAUUGAUAUGCUCACCUCGUCUUCUAACAGUGUUAGUUUCGAUGUGCUUCUACGCUCAUACGGAUUGACUAUUACAACUAAAACACCUACCCGUAUCACACCGACCUCUGAAACACUCUUGGACCUAUUUAUCACUAACAUUGACGAGUCAAACGGACAUUCAGCAGUUACGUGCUGUGAUUUAAGUGAUCACUUGGGCAUAUGCCUUUUCUGCCAGAAAGCAGUCCCCAAACAAGUAUCUCGAACUAAGGAACUUUAUCAGCCCGUAACCACCGGUGCACUGGACAGAUUCCGCGUUGUCAUAUCAAAUACAGAUUGGAGUCGUAUACAUAAAGAAAGUGAUGCGAACACCGCGUAUCAACUGUUCUUAGAUACAUUUUGUAUAAUAUACGAAAAACACUUUCCUUUUAAAGAAAAAAAGAAUCCAUAAAAGAAUAAGAAAACCCUGGAUAACCCGUGAAAUACAUGCUCGCAUUAAAGAAAAAAAUAAAUUGUAUAAAUUGUUUAUCACUAGCAAAAGCAUAGCCACCCUGAAUGACUUCAAGAAGUUUAGAAAUAUUUUAAAUAACGACAUUCAAAAUGCAAGACGAAUUUACUACGAAAAAUACUUUGAAUGUGCAGUAAACCGUUCUGAUAGACUUUGGAGAAAACUUUUGUCACUAGAUCCUUUAAACAACGGCCGUAGACCAGUGGAGAGGGUUACUCAGAAUGGCCACGAAUACGUGGGCAAAUCUCUCGCUGAUGCAUUCAACGGGUACUUCACUGAACAGUCCAAUAGUCGAGUAGAUAUGCCUACACCAGCCAUUAAGAGGCAUUCACCUACCAUAUUUCUGGCACCAGUCGAUGGAAACGAAGUAAUAGCCAUAUUCUCUGAAAUGAACAACAGCGCAUCCUGCGAUGCUAAUGACAUCCAAAUACAUCCUGUCAAAUACGUAAUUGAUCCUAUAUCUGAUCAACUUGCAUAUUUAUAUAAUCUAUGUUUACAAUCUGGGCAAUUUCCUUCAGGCAUGCAAAUUGCCAGGGUAACCGUUCUGCACAAAAAAGGCGACAUAAAUGAUUUCUCAAAUUAUCGGCCUAUUAGUAUACUUCCCGUUUUUUCCAAGGGUCUUGAAAAAGUAAUUCUUCGACGCGUAGAGAAAUUUUGUCAAACCCACGAUAUAAUCACCGACUCCCAAUAUGGCUUUAGAAAAAAUCGCUCGACUGAACUUGCUCUGCUUCAUCAAAAAGAAUAUAUAUUAGAGUGUUUUGAGCAGAAAAAAAAAUUGUUUUAGGGAUCUUUAUAGAUUACACAAAAGCGUUUGAUCGAUUAAAUCACGAGAUCCUCUUUCAAAAGUUAGAACUGUACGGGAUAAGGGGUCGAGCCUUGCUCCUCAUUAGGUCUUACUUGUCAACACGGACGCAGUACGUUCAAAUUAAUCAGUUUAAGUCAUCUUUACGUCGUGUUGUCUGCGGCGUGCCUCAAGGCAGUAUCCUCGGGCCGCUACUUUUUAAUAUCUACAUUAAUGACAUCGUAACCAUUGAUACAGUCGCCCGAUUUAUAAUAUAUGCAGACGACACUAGUAUAUUUAUUUCCAGCGAGAACUAUAAUAACGUAUUAACUCAAGCGAAUAAUUUACUGCUAAAUCUAGAAAAAUGGUCCGAUACUAACCUGCUUUCUGUCAAUGUAUAGAAAUCUAAAGCUAUGAUUUUUCAUCCUAAAAACAAACCUAUUACGGUCUUUGCGAAUCUUGUAUAUCAAUCAAGUGUUAUUGAGAUCGUACCAUCAUUUAAAUCACUUGGCGUAUACUUUUCAGAAAACAUGCAGUGGGACGACCACAUUAACCAUCUCCUCUUAAAAACAUCCCGAGUAGUAGGCCUUCUGCUGCGCCAUAGAAGCAUUUUGCCUCAAAAAGUAAAAUUAAUUUUGUAUAACUCUCUUUUUUGUUCCUAUCUAAAUUACUGUACACUUGUGUGGGCCACGACCACAAAAUCAAACCUACAGAAAAUAUCCAUCAUACAAAAACGGUUACUUAGGAUAAUCUAUGGACUACCUUAUGGAUACACAACAAAGGAUCUCUUCGUUAAAUUUGAUAUUGUUAAUAUAUUUAGUUUAUACCACUACAGGCUACUGCGUAGGUACAAAGCGGAGUUGAAAAACCACCAGUACAGCUUUUCUAGUCUUGCGUCGCUAAGCUUAUUCCAAUCCCCGUAUCCACACCGUCACAAAGCUCACUGGGUCUUACCGACUACACGAACUAACUACGGACGGCAAAUGCUGCAAUACCAGUUACCCCUCAUAUUAAAUGAAUUAAUCGACGCCCAAGUUAGUUUUCCGGAUAUCAAUAAUUUGGGCAUACGCAAAUUUUUCGUAAAAAGAAAUCGGCAACCAUAACCACUCUCACUUACUCACUUUCUCCUAAUACAGGCGAUUUCUUUUUUUUUUUUGCUGGUUAUUUUUCUUCUUUUCUUUUCCUUUUCUUUUCUUUUUGUGAGCGAAGUUAUGUUCUUUGUUACCACGGCUGUAUUUAUAUCUAUGUAUAUAAGAAAAGAAAUCGGCACCAUAGCCACUCUCAUUUACUCAAUUUCUCCUAAUACAGGCGAUUUUUUUUGCUGGCUAUUUUCUUCUUUUCUUUUCCU